UAAUUAGAAAUAAGAGCAAAAAUUAUUGAAACACUGAUAACUUGUGCUAAAGCAGUGGGUAAACUGACGUUGCUAUGACUCCAUUUUAAUUACAGAAAGGUCAACGAACUUAAAAAAUUCAGUCUGUAGACUCCAUAUGAUGAUCGAGUCCAUCCAGUGCGUUGAGCUGAGAGUGAGAAAUUGAUUUUGCCUCAGAUUUUAUAAUUUCAUCGGCCCGUAAUUUCACAAAAAUUGUGCAGAAGACCCUAACUGACGUAUUCCAGGUUCAGCUUACAAAAAAAUCAUGCCAAAGAAGGGCAAAAAGUCAGGGAAGAAAGGCAAGUUGGCCAAGAUGACGGAAGAGGAGAGAAUCCUCUACUUGGAGCAGAAGAUGCUGGCAGAAGAAGAGAUGAAGAAGAAAAAGGAAGAUAUGCUCAAUCAGUUUUUAAAGGACAAGCUGGUUAAGGAAGAGAGAAACACCCGAUUCAACAUGUACAAGAUCACCCACCAGUGGAGGAAUAUCAUGCGUGCUGCCAAGUCUAAGGAGCUCAAGAGAGAUAUCGAGAUUCUCAGCCAGACCUUUGAGAGGGUGGUGGACCGCAAAGACAGCGUCAUCAAAUCAUUAGCCAAGGAUUUGUCAGAAGCCGAGGAGCAAUAUUCGAUGGCACUCAGGAGUCAUCUGCAAAACAUGGACGCCCUCAUAGACCUGCAGAGGAGCCGGCUGGCCAUUCUGAAGUCUGAAUACGGCGCUGAGCAGGAGAUCCUGAUGAAGGAGUUUAACAGUGAGCGGAGCUUGAUUAUCGAGCAGCACCGACGGGAGAUGAACGACCUGCAGGACAUACUCUUUGCCAUGGAGCAAAACAACAAUGACAGGGAGAAUGAUGCCAAGCAGGAGUUUCAGAGCCUUAGGGAUGAAAUUAAGAACAAGAAUCUGGAAGAGAAGCACGCCCUGCGGAUUCAGCUGGAGGGUCAGGUGGAGGACUUGUGGAAGCAGUUCCAGCAAGCUUUGAAGAGCUACAACGAGACCACCGAGGAGAGAAAGGCCCACUUUGAGACGCUGAAGGUCAAAGAUGAGAAGAGUGCCAAGGAGAUUGAGAUGCAGAUGAGGAAACUGCAGAGAAUAUCGGACACCAUUGCCCAGCUAAAGGGUAAGAUGGCACAGAACUCUCGUGACAGUGAGGAACGUAACAAGGACCUUCGGGAGCAGCGAGAAGUCAUUGCGGAACACUUCCACGAGCUGAAGAACCAGAUGAAUCGGUUCAGGGACAAUGAGAGGGCACGCCUGACCAAGCUGACUCUAGAUAGUAAUGCAGCCAUCAAAGAACUUCAAAGAAAAACCGAUCAAGGUGAGAGGAUAGUCAAAUUAUCGGAGCAGUGUCGUAAACUGGAAACAGAGGAGGAGAAGGUGCUUCCAUUCUAUGCGUCCAGUUUGACCCAGGAGGAACAGGAGGAUGUACAGGCCGCUGUAGCUGAACCUCCCUCUGAGCCCCUUGCAGAGAUUAUGCAUGAGUACGUUUCGCUGGAGAACUUCUGGAAGCGUUACAACAAGGUGUUACUAGACAAGGUGGCCCUUGAUAAGGAGAAGUCCACACUACUUGAGGAGAACAGACAGCUGCGGACAGUCCUGAAGCAGUACCUGGAUGGCAUCUCAGUCAAUGAUGAAAUACUCAGCCAAGUUAAUCCGCUCUUUGUGGUCAACCAGCGCACCAACGUCCAGCUCUCGGUGCCUGUUAUGGACCCCCGAGUCAAGAGACCUACCCAGACAGUAGUGGAAGCAGCCCAUGUCAUCAAGCACACCAUAUAAAAGUCCCCUAUGUUGGCUGUCUGACCAAUCAGAGAGUGCGCAGAGGUCAUGUGGUCUCGACUUUCAACCAAUCACAUAACAGAUGUCAGCGCAUCCUGCCUUGCAUUCUUCCUUCAGAGAGACACGUUCGAGCAGUCUCUGAACAUUCUGAAUGUCAAACCAAAGAAAUUGGAUUGUUCAUCACACAGUUCUACUACGUCAGUGGGAGAUUUCCCCAGGAAAAUGCCACAUUGACUUUUCAUUGACGUUUCAAUCGACAGGUUCCUCACAAACUAGCUCCUCAAAUUUAUUCUUCAGGCAAAACAGCCUUUUCUUUUCAAAGUUACCUAGGUUAUUUUCAUAACCUUCAGAGUUUGCUUCGAUUGAAACGUUCCUUUAUUAAAAUAAAAGCAUAUCUGUUGUAAAUAGAAACUUCUUGUCAGGUUGUUCGUCUUAUAUAUCAUCAAGUAAUUAUUUUGGGCAAAUUACCGGGUUUGCCAGUGUGAAUCACUUUGUAUUAUAGAUCCCAUGUUUAAAGUAUAAAUGUGUACAUAUACAUUGCAAAAUGUGCAGUGAACUCUUUUGUGAAAACCUUGAAUUAUUUACUUAAUAACAGAAACUUUAAGUAAAUUCUUCAUUUAGCUAAAAGAGGUGUGAAUUUUCAGAUAUGUGAAACUGUAGAGUCAGAGGCCUCCAAGUGUUGAAGGAGUUAAUACGUCAUUGCUGUCAACACUUCCAAGAUGAUCCCUAAAUUCCUAUGUGCAGUUGGUAAGUGACUUACUAAUGGUCACUUAAAUGGUAGACUGAAAAGCAAAGUAAAAGAAGGCAUCUCUGUCUUAAUUUUUUCUUGAUUGGCAGAAGGCAUUGUUGAAUAAAUUCAUAGCACUGAGGAGACCUUCCCUCAGGUGAAGUUGAUAUUUACAA